ACCAGGGUUGUGAAGAUAACACAAAAAGAAAAUCAAAGGAAAACAAAAUUUGGAAAAGUGUAGCAAGCAGCCCAGUUUCACAAAAAUAAUUUGGUUUACAGAUUUCACUUGAUUUUGAGAAAUUACAUCAAUAACCAUAAUGGCAGAGGAGGCAAUAUUCGAGUAUUUACAUUCCGAAAUUGUUAACUACACAUUGACGAAGGAAACCAAUAAGGAAAACGACCUUUCGGCGCUUGAGUACAUCGGCUAUUCGACCGGGUACCGGAUCAUCGAACGGCUAACGCGCGAAUGGCCCCGAUUCAAGGACGAACUGGACACCAUGAAGUUCAUCUGCACGGACUUUUGGAGCUCGAUCUACAAGAAGCAGAUCGACAACCUGCGGACGAACCACCAGGGCGUUUACGUUCUGCAGGACAAUGCGUUCCGAUUUCUGACCCGGUUGUCGUCCAGUUCGCAGUACCUGGAGCACGCCCCGAAGUUCGUGGCAUUUACGUGCGGGUUGGUACGUGGAAGCUUGGCGAAUCUGGGCAUCACGAGCACCGUGACCGCUGAGGUGCAAACCAUGCCAUCGUGCAAAUUCCAUAUCCAAGUGAAUAGGGGCUAAUUACGUUUUUGUUAUUAAAUCAAAAUAAAAUUUAAUGAAAAUAUGAAAAUAAACAUUUAAAUUACGAAAAUCUUUAGCAAAACAAA